AUGUCCGAGGUUAGUCUUCAGGAUGACCCUGUCGUGGAGAUCAAAGACCGGUCGCCUUCCGCGACCGUCAAGGCUGAGAAGCAGUUUGAUGACGAGGUGCUAACACGGGAGCAGGUCUAUGACUUUCUCGUGUCUGAACGAGAUAGAGUUCGCUUCUGUGGAACCUUGCCGCUGACGGUUCUUAUUUGGUUCAUCUUCACACUCACUGCAUGGACUCAUGGCAACGUAGAGCGCACGAGCCGAGCACAGAGUGUGAUUCGUGAAGCCAUCGAGCGGACCGAGCUCAAGCGGGAAGGCAUAGUGAUGCCGGAGGAGGAGUUAGGCUGGAUGUUGAAAGAACGUUUGGGACUGGAUGCAAUCAGGAAGCAGUUGCUGGAGACAGCAUUGGCAGGUCGGGAGAACUAUGAUGUGGCCUUCGACUACAGCCAGCUCGACGGCUCCCUCUUCUCGCUCCUUCCGGACUCAGAGCUCUGGUUCCAGCCGGCCCCUGAAGAGGAAGGCCAGAUGGAGGCGGAAGAUGAAGAGCUGAUUCCAGACGAUGAUGGUCAGGGUUACUCUCCUGAGAACCUGACGAUCGAAGAAGUCCUCCAGACCGAAGCUGAGCUUCUUGCCCAAGAGCUGCAGGAGCUCGAGACUGAAGGAAAGCCUAAGAGCCAGAUGACGAAGCAGGUCCGUGUCACCGAGACCCUGAACACUGAACAUGUGGCUCCUGAAGAACCUGAUGACAUGGGCCACGAGGAUCUGUGGAUCGUAAUGGAAGCGGCCCAGCACUUCGACCUGACCGAGAACGACUACACGAAGGUGGUGCUGCGCUGGCGGCGAAUGCUUCUCCGCCUUCGCGCAAAGGCCGCUUGGCACGCACAUGGCUUGCUCUUAUGGCUGUUGCCUCGUCCGCAGCUGCGGUACGCGCCCUUUCCGUACCCCAGCAUCAGCCAUACCAGACAUUGGCAAGAACAAGCCGAAUCUAUGACCCUCCAGAAGCCAAAGGCAUUGAUGGUCAAGCACUGGCAGCGAGCUCGAACCCAAGAACCGUCAGUGUACACGACCAAGAAUCUCCUGGACUUGGGACAAUUCAGGAACCGUGCUGGCCUCAACUUCGCCUUCAUGGAGGACAACAUGUUGCAAGGAAUGCUUGCGGCACGCGCCAGCAAAGGCCUGACGGCCCAAUUGAAGCGGGAUGCCAUUCAGGAAGCCCAACUCGAAGCCGAGGCCGCUACCAAGCGUGGAGAGAAGCACGACAUGGUGCGCUCCCUCAUCGGCCCAAAGGGAGGCCUGCCAACGUUGAAGGCAGAUCUGGUGAAACUGGCUUCACUCCUGAACAUCCCCGUCCAGACUGGAAUGACUGUGGAAGACCUCAAGAAAGCUUGCCGCCCCUUGGUUGCCGAGAUUGCUCAAAAGCCGACUCCCUCGAAGGCAAGUGGAUCUACCAGUUCAACGGAAAGACAUGUCCCCGAGACGUCAAUGGCGAGACCUUCUCAAGCACCCGAGACAAUUGGCGCAAAGGCCAAGGCAUCUCCUGGAGUGACCGCUCAAGAGCUACAGGAAGUCCUCACCACGCAGGACCACAAGUUCCAAGGGAUGCUGAACCAAGUGCUACAGAGCAUUUCGACCCUGCACCAAGCAUCGCACCUGCCAGGACCUAUGACUUCCGGUCCGAUGGAAACCGAAGCAACCAUGGACUUCGGCUGGACCCAAGACGAGAUUCAACAGAUGAACCGCGACUACUACCAGGACGACUUGGAGUGGCGCCAGGCCAAUGGAAUUCCUCCUCGCGACCAGUGA